UUAAAAUGGGGGUCUCCAUCAGUCCUGAAGUGCUCAGUGUGCCCGACCACAUUAAGGUGGGGGUCUCCAUCAGCCCUGAUGUGCUCAGUGUGCCCGACCACAUUAAGGUGGGGGUCUCCAUCAGUCCUGAAGUGCUCAGUGUGCCCGACCACAUUAAGGUGGGGGUCUCCAUCAGCCCUGAAGUGCUCAGUGUGCCCGACCACAUUAAGGUGGGGGUCUCCAUCAGCCCUGAAGUGCUCAGUGUGGCCGACCACAUUAAGGUGGGGGUCUCCAUCAGCCCUGAAGUGCUCAGUGUGGCUGACCUCAUUAAGGUGGGGGUCUCCAUCAGCCCUGAAGUGCUCAAUGUGCCCGACCACAUUAAGGUGGGGGUCUCCAUCAGCCCUGAAGUGCUCAGUGUGCCCGACCACAUUAAGGUGGGGGUCUCCAUCAGCCCUGAAGUGCUCAGUGUGCCCGACCACAUUAAGGUGGGGGUCUCCAUCAGUCCUGAAGUGCUCAGUGUGCCCGACCACAUUAAAAUGGGGGUCUCCAUCAGUCCUGAAGUGCUCAGUGUGCCCGACCACAUUAAGGUGGGGGUCUCCAUCAGCCCUGAAGUGCUCAAUGUGCCCGACCACAUUAAGGUGGGGGUCUCCAUCAGCCCUGAAGUGCUCAGUGUGCCCGACCACAUUAAGGUGGGGGUCUCCAUCAGCCCUGAAGUGCUCAGUGUGCCCGACCACAUUAAGGUGGGGGUCUCCAUCAGCCCUGAAGUGCUCAGUGUGCCCGACCACAUUAAGGUGGGGGUCUCCAUCAGUCCUGAAGUGCUCAGUGUGCCCGACCACAUUAAGGUGGGGGUCUCCAUCAGUCCUGAAGUGCUCAGUGUGCCCGACCACAUUAAAAUGGGGGUCUCCAUCAGUCCUGAAGUGCUCAGUGUGCCCGACCACAUUAAGGUGGGGGUCUCCAUCAGUCCUGAAGUGCUCAGUGUGCCCGACCACAUUAAGAUGGGGGUCUCCAUCAGUCCUGAAGUGCUCAGUGUGCCCGACCACAUUAAGAUGGGGGUCUCCAUCAGUCCUGAAGUGCUCAGUGUGGCCACAGUAUGUAUUUAGAGCUUGUAAGUGAGAUUCUGUGUGUGUGUGGUGUAAACCGGACCCUCUAGUGGGCUUCUAGCUAAUAACCAGCAGCCUACUGGUUCCAGAGGUUGAAUCAAACAAGGAUGUAACCCUGAGUAAACCCUUAAACAGCAUGAACAAGUGUCGGAUUUCAUGUUCCUUCAGAUAAAAGCAUCUUUUAUGCAAGAUAAUGACUCCAGGUACAACUCUGCAAUUAGUGAGUCUCCCUGACACACAUCUACUUUUCCUUUUGUUCAGGGCCUGCAAAAAACAGAAGUUGCAAAUCCACUUUUUGCUGCAGUCUAAAUUCCUGUUCCGCCGUUCCCUCGUGGGUUUUGUGUAUUUGUCUAAGUCUUUUUAGUGGGGUGCUUUUAUAAAUCGGAGAUUAGCGAAAUGUCACAAUUAUACGUUUCAAACGACACAUUAGCUUGGUUUCGCUUCAUUAUUUUGCAUUUUAAACCUGGCUUCCAUCCAAGGCAGCAUCAGCCCCUUCUCUCCUCCCAAGGAGGGGGGCUUCCUGGCAAAUUGAACAUCUUGUUUCAAACUGUUUGUUUCUGUUUGGGUUUAAUUAAUGUACAUAAACCACUGGCUGGUGAUAUCGGCGCUGCAGUAGUCUGCUGCUAGUUCAUAGGGGUUUUUUUUGGUCUGCAUCUUGAAUUGGGCAGAAAUUUAUACCAAUUUUUUUUUUAAUCUGCAGUGCAUAUA